CUAUUGGUCACAAUUCUCUGACGUCACAAUCAGAGCGAAGAAACUUUUCUCUCUUACUCCAACUGUUCUUUUCUCUUCAUAAGAAAGAUGUGUGACUUUUGCAACGGACCUUACUAAAAUAUUCUGUGUCGUUCAUAUACUUUUGUCAUUAGUAAAGAAAAAAAUGCUUCUAUGGAUAUUAUUAGGAAAUUUUAUUACAUGUGCUCUCUCUUGUGGAUACCCGGGUAACCCGUCGCAUUCAACGGUUACAUUCAAUACUGAAACAAUAGGUACGGGAACACUCGCUACCUACAGGUGUGAUCCAGGAUUCGAUCUCUUGGGUCCUCUUAGAAGACUCUGCUUCGAGAAUGGAACGUGGAUACCUGUCGGUUUACCGGUCUGCGUUAUGAAUGUAGCCUCCGGAAAAGCUGCCAUGCAGUCUUCAAUCGUUGCCAAAGGAGUACCACAAAAAGCUGUCGAUGGAAUCACAAGUCGAUCGUAUGAUGCCACUACCUGUACACAUACAGAGUCGGAAGCAACACCAUGGUGGUACGUUAACCUGCUGGAACCAUUUUUAGUUCAACUAGUUAGAGUUGACUUUGGAAGAUCUUGCUGUGCCAACAAUCAACACGCAACUGUUAUCGUAAGGGUGGGCAAUAACAGGCCAGAUCUGCGUGCAAAUCCUAUAUGCAACAGGUUUUCAGGCAAAAUAGAAGAGGGACGUCCUUUAUUCUUCCCCUGCACAUCAACGGUUACAGGAGCAUUCGUGAGUGUUCACGUGGAGACAGCUGCACCGUUUACUUUGUCCAUUUGUGAAGCCUUUGUAUACACUGACCAAGUUGUACCAGUAGAAAGAUGUCCCGUUUUCGAUGAAGAUCCAUCAACAGUUGCCACCUAUAACGGGAAAUGUUACCUUUUCUACAACAACAAUCCAAGGACAUUGGAAAGUGCCACUAAGUUUUGCUCAAAACAGGGUGGUUCCCUCAUCCACGAAACAAGUCCUGCCCUCCAAGGAUUUUUAAGUUGGGAACUCUACAAAUUAAACAGAAAAAAUCCCAAUUCAGAUUAUUGGAAUGGAUUAAUACGGAAACCAGACUCAAAUAAAUGGACCUGGAUCGAUGGGAAAGACGUGAGUAUAUCCUUCUGGAGUAUACCUCCGAAAGAAGAUAAUUGUUCACGGUUCGACGGAAAGAAUGGAUGGUUGUGGUCUGAUACAGAAUGCGAUAAUGAACUCAACUACAUCUGUGAACAUAGGCCAUCAAACUGUGGAAAACCUGAGAGACCCGUUAAUUCCACCCUAUUGAUGAGAUCCAACAAUGUAGGAGCUGAAAUUGAAUAUCAGUGCAAUCCCGGACAUUUGCUCUUAGGUCCCAGCUCGAGAACCUGCAUGCCAUCAGGUUUCUUCAGUGAAUUCGCACCCAAAUGUACAUACCUAGAAUGUGGAUUUCCCGUCAAUAUUGCCAAUGGUGGAUACACCCUCAUUAAUGGAACAAAACAUCUGCAAAGUACGGUGCAAUAUUUCUGUCAGGAAUCUUUCAUACUCGUUGGUGAAUCUGAGCUCAUGUGUGAUGCAGACAGAAAAUGGAAUGGACCACCACCAAGAUGCGACCCACUAUUAUGCCACAACCCACCUUCCAUUUCUCACGCUAAUGUUACAGUCACAGUUAAUACAACAGUACCGGGAACCACUGCCGAAUAUGAAUGUGAAGAAAAUUUCAAAUUAAUUGGUAACAAAAUCAUUUCCUGCGAUUCAACUGGUUUUUGGGAAUCAGAACCACCAACAUGCGAACUGGAUAAAGAGAAGCUGUACAACGCUAGAGUCGGAUCCAAAAGCAAAAAAGAUCGAGCAUCCAUAGCAGCCAGACUGAAUAUGGGUGGCAUCAUCGCUUUAGGAAUCUUUGGUGGUUUUGUCUUUUUGGCUGUAAUAGUUUCCAUUGUAGUGAUCAUUGUUAGAAGAAAUUCCAACAGCCAAGAUUCGUUGGAUUCUCUCAGCACUUAUGACAGUCAAGGCAGCAGAGAGAAGCUUUACCAAAGACAAAUGUGGCCAGGACAUCCAAGCAAUAUGCAGGCCGAAUUGUCUCAACUUCCAGAAGAGAAACAACGGCGGAAAACUAGCGGCGAAAGAUUGAGAGAUGCCACAAAUGCCCAGUAUCAUCAACACAGGCACCAUCAUGGCGGCUCUAAUAGAAACAGUGACGUCAGCUUAGAAACAACAGCAUCCACCUCAAGAUGGUGCAAACAGCAUGAGAAACGCACAGGAUACUGAAGUGGAUCGACUAAUACUAAAAAUAGUUACUGUGCAAUAACAAGAGGAUGAUGUAGGUCAGGUGACAAGGAACUAUUUAAAUGUUCAGAUAAACUAUUUAUGAGUCAUCUGUGAUAGAUUAUAUUGUUAAAAGAUUUUAUUUAUGAUUGGAUCUGACUUAUAAUUGAUACAUGAUUAUGUAUGAAAGUUAUGAAAACUGGAUGAAAUAUACUUAUUGCCAGUGUUUGAAAUAGAAAUACACAUAUGUAGAAAAGAAUAAUUUGUUUACAUCAGAAAUUCUAAAUACCAGCGUUGAAUGGAUAUUUAAUGUUAAAAAAAAUAGAUCAAAUUGAAAAAAAAUUUUCAAGCAUAAAAAAUUUUGACAUUAAUUUCUAAUACUAUUAUAUUUAUUAACAUGCACAAAUUGUUCCAAAAUUCUUAACAAUUAGUUGUUAUAAAAACUGAGUAUAUUCUAUGCUUACUACUUCAUUUAAAAAUUAUUUAUUUUAAUAAGAGAAAUAGCACAGCAAAAACUUUUGAAGAACUGUGACUUAAAUAAGAGAAACAUGCUUUGUUUCAUAAUGCACAUAAGGCAUUCCAUUAAUAGAAUUAAUUAAAUUUAUAUAUAUUUUUUUACAACAAAUUAUUUUUGCAGUUGUUUAGAUUGUCAAUUGCGCUGCAAUCAAAAGUUUUUAUCUUCGCACUUGAAGGAACGUAUUCUCUCAAUUUAUAAACUAAUCCUAAUUCUUAUUUUAAGUAAUAACCAAGGUUUUAAAAUACUCAAAAUUUUGACUAGAAGCAUUUGAGAAUUGAAGAAAACCUAUUGAUAAGAGCAAAGUUCAUUACUUUCUGCAAAAUCUACAGAAAGAACUGAAAAGCAAAACAUAAAUUAUGGUUUAUAAAAAAGAAAAAGUUGAAACUAUGACACUUUUAUACCAGUUCAUUGUGAAUAAAUGUACAUUGUGAAUAUAUGUGACGUAAAAUUCAUUUAUAUAUGUAUGCAUGACAUAUCUGUUUAGUGUUCAUUAAUUUGUUUUAUUUAAUGUAAAUAAAUUAAUAUUAUUUAGUUUU